AGCGGCACGCCACGCCACCGCAUACCGUUGCGACAGCGUCAGCUUCGCUCAACGUCACGGUAAGCGCCGCGCGACCUAAAUAUUCCACACUAUAUAAUUCAAAAUGAACUGGAACGAUGACGAUUUAAUAGAACAAGUCAAGAAAUAUCCUGUUCUAUACCGAGACAAAAGGAAAAACUACAAGAACAUCAUAAAGAAGGGCAAUUGUUGGAUACAAAUUGCUGCUGCAUUGAACAAGACACCCGAAGAAUGCAAAUCAAAAUGGCGGAACAUACGGGACAGUUACUUAAAGAACCAAAAGAAAAAACUGGCCGGCGACGCUCCUUCCUAUUCCAAAUAUUUCGAUGAAAAACUGAACUUUCUAUCGGAAGCGUACGAAACAGGAGAGACUUCGAGUAACAAUAUUUCAGCUGACGAUAGUCCGAGUUCUCCUUCGAAUAAUAUUGAGUCUUUUGACAUUGUUGUCAAAGAGGAAUAUGAUGCGUUUGCAGAAGUUCCACCAACAGAAUCAACCUUCUCAUACAGCGCUGCUAACUCGCCAGAUGACAGUGUACCAAUUAUAACUUCAGUAACACCUGCACCAUCAAGAACACCAGCUGCAAGAAGGGCGUAUAAAAGAAAACUAGACGCCAUUGUAGACGAAAUGAAAAAAGACAGAGAAGAGAGAAAUCAAAUUUUUAAAAGCCUAGUUGAUAGAAAUUCUGGCGGCCAAACAUCUACCCAUAAAUUCUUUUCUUGUAUGGCCGACAUAGUUAGUAAUUUCCCACUAGAAAAGAUUGCAGAAAUACGAAUGAAAAUUUACAGCAUGGUUAAUGAUAUGGAACUUAGUAUAAUGAAAGAAAAUAGUCAAUAAGUCAAUAGGGUUAGGCGUAUAGACUGUUUUUUUUUCCUUUGAAAAUAAGUAAUUUUGUAGGACUUUUUUAUGAAAAACACACUUUCUGUCUUACAUCUUUAAUCUAUAUUUACUUGGGGCCGGUAAAUAUACCUUCUUUUUCACUUCUACCUUUUUCAAACUCAAUUCAAUUAAGAUCUCCUUUCAGUAACUUUUCAUCUUUUAUUUUUAAUAUAAGUAUUUUUAAAAGACAA